CUACGUCUUUAAGCUUUUUCUAAGGAAGUAGGCGUGUCAAGUCUGCCUCAGGGUCUCGGCAGAAUUAAAGGGGGAAAGAGAGAACACGAAAUAAAGUGAAACACUAUUUUACUUCUCUCCGCACCCACCCACCCCUUAAAUUCCGCUAAAAUCUGUACUCUUCAUGUCUGAGCGGGAACUCGAGCAAGGGCCUCCGGCGCUUUACAAGACCCAGCACGGGCUCCCCUCUGUUUCUUUGCCCCCCUACUGCCGCUCUAAACCCGUGUUGCGCCUCCAGAGAGGGCCCUGCCUAUGACGGGAGCCGGGAAUGGAAGCAAGGGGCAGGAACCCCGGCGAGAAAGCCCAGUCGGCGAAGGAAAGGCGUGUGGGCGGGAACCAGCACACGAGAGGCGGCGACCGGCGACGAGCCGCAGGCGAACGGCCGGGGCGGCAAGGCCUGCCCCGCGUCUCCCCACCCUAAUGGGCGGCCGCGCCGGCAACGGCGUCUCACGUAGACUUCUCAAGAUGGCGGCCUCUCCUGAGCGACCUGCCGAGGCGGUGGCGGCUGUUGCGGGGCUAGCGGGGCUGAGGGACCGCUGAGGAGGUUGACAGCCGGCUGUCGCGGUUUCCUUUGCGGUGGGAGGGGGGAAAAAAGAGAGAGAGAACAGAAGCAGACGUUGAGGGCUGCGACUGGGAAGGAGGGAACACAUCAUGCGGCGGGGCUAGAGCCGGAGGCUUCAACUGCGAGUAAUAAUGUUAGCUGAGAACAGUCUUUCCAUAUGGGGAUGGGGAUGCCUUUGUGUUGUGCUGUUUCUAAUCACAUUUGGACCAUUUGCUAUAUUUUACUUUGCAUUAUAUAUAUUCUUCUUUGUGGGUGGGGGCUUUGCGGUAACACUCUUAUUUGGACAAAGUAAUUCAAACAAGUACCUUGAACAGUGUGAGGACUCUUUUCUUCCUCCAGUCUCAUUUGGCAUUGCUAAGUGCAUAGAAGAAAUGAAACGGGAAAGCAAACCUAUUAAAAUUGAUAGGAGACUGACCGGUGCCUAUAUAAUUGAUGAACCUCUGCAGCAAAUUAUCCAGUUUUCCUUGCGUGACUAUGUCCAGUAUUGGUAUUACACACUAAGUGAUGACGAGUCUUUUCUUCUUGAAAUCAGGCAAGCUCUCCAAAAUGCAUUAAUUCAGUUUUCUUCUAGGUCAAAAGAAAUAGAUUGGCAGCCAUAUUUUACCACUCGUCUAGUAGAUGAUUUUGCUACUCAUCUUAGAGUAUUCAGAAAAGCUCAACAAAGGAUAACUGAAAAAGAUGAUCAGAUUCAAGAUGGAGCAGAAGACCUUGUAGAUACAUUUUUUGAAGUUGAAGCUGAAAUGGAGGAGAAAAUCUGUCGUGAUCUAAUCUGCACAUCUCCCAAAGAUGAAGAAGGAUUCCUAAGGGAUCUAUGUGAAGUUUUACUGUAUUUAUUGCUACCUCCUGAAGACUUCCAGAACAAGAUCAUGAGAUACUUUGUCAGGGAAAUCCUUGCUCAAGGAAUUCUUCUUCCAUUAAUAAAUCAGCUCAGUGAUCCUGAUUAUAUUAAUCAGUAUUUCAUAUGGAUGAUUCGUGAUUCUAUUUGCAACUAUGAGGCCUUUAUGAACAUUGUUAAAGUAAGCGACAAAAUAGGGGAGUUGGAAGCAGUAAGGGAUAAAGCAGCAGAAGAACUGCAGUAUCUUCGAUCCUUGGAUACAGCUGGCGAUGAUAUCAACAAUAUAAAAAAUCAAAUAAAUAGUUUAUUAUUUGUGAAGAAAGUAUGUGAUUCAAGAAUACUAAGGCUGCAGUCAGGAAAAGAAAUAGAUACUGUGAAACUGGCUGCAAACUUUGGAAAACUUUGCACAGUCCCUCUGGACAUCAUUUUAGUAAACAAUGUUGCACUACAAUUUUUUAUGGAUUACAUGCAGCAGAUGGGAGGCCAAGCGCAUCUCUUUUUCUGGAUGACGGUUGAAGGAUACAGGGUUACAGCACAGAAGCAGCUGGAAGUGCUAUUGAGCCUUCAGAAAGAUGGAAUGCAUCAGACAGCACAAACCAAAGGCCUGUUAAGAACAGCUGCAGUUGGGAUUUAUGAUCAGUAUUUGUCAGAAAAGGCAUCUCCGAGAGUUAAUAUUGAUGAUACCUUGGUAGCAAAACUGGCAGAAAAACUGAACAAUGAGGACCCAACCCCUGAAAUCUUUGAUGAGAUUCAGAGGAAGGUAUACGAUUUAAUGCUGCGGGAUGAAAGAUUCUAUCCUUCGUUCAAACAGCAUGCACUUUAUGUGCGAAUGCUUGCUGAACUAGAUAUGCUAAAGGAUCCUAGUUUCAGAGGAUCAGAUGAUGGUGAAGGAGAAUCAUUUAAUGGUUCUCCUACUGGGAGCAUUAACUUGUCAUUGGAUGAUCUUUCAAAUGUGCCUGCUGAUGAGUCCAUACAGCUACAUGCAUAUAUUUCAGAUACCGUCUAUGCUGAUUAUGACCCAUAUACUGUGGCAGGAGUUUGUAACGACCAUGGCAAGACGUACGCCCUAUAUGCCAUCACUGUUCGCCGUCGAACUCCCGGUGGUGAUGAAGUAUGGAAGACUUAUCGUCGCUAUAGUGAUUUCCAUGACUUCCAUAUGAGGAUCACUGAACAGUUUGAAAAUCUAGCAAAUCUGUUGAAACUUCCGGGUAAAAAAACAUUCAAUAAUAUGGAUAAGGAUUUUUUGGAAAAAAGGAAGAAGGAUUUGAAUGCAUAUUUGCAGCUUUUGCUAGCUCCUGAAGUGAUGAAAGCUUAUCCAGCUUUAGCACACUAUGUGUAUGACUUCUUGGAAAACAAAGCUUACAGCAAAGGGAAGGGAGAUUUUGCUCGGAAGAUGGACACAUUUGUAAAUCCACUGCGUAACUCUAUGAGAAAUGUUUCAAAUGCUGUCAAGUCCUUUCCUGACAGCUUCACAGAGGGGAUGACUAAAAUGUCAGACAACAUGGGCAAAAUAUCAGAAAGACUGGGACAAGAUAUAAAGCAAUCAUUUUUCAAGGAGCCUCCUUUAAUGCAAAAGACCUACGUUGAUCCUAAACACUGCCGUGUUGCAGCACAUCUUGAUGACAAUGUGGAUGAUAAUGUCCCUCUUAAAAUAAUGCUGCUACUAAUGGAUGAAAUCUUCGACCUGAAGGAGAGAAAUCAAUGGUUACGAAGAAAUAUCAAAAAUUUGCUUCAGCAGCUGAUUAGAGCAAUGCAUGGAUAUACAAUAAAUAAAAAAAUAGUUGAUCAUGUAGAUUGGAUGACCUCUCCUGAACAAGUAGCAGAUGCAGUUAAACGGUUCAGAGAUGCCUUUUGGCCAAAUGGCAUUUUAGCUGAGGCUGUUCCUCGCAGAGACAGUGCCAUCAAGAUGCGAACACGAAUUGCUGGAAAAACAAAAUUACUGGGGAUAAUGCCAGAUGAGUUGAAGCAUAUUCUUGGUGCUGAGACAACAAGGAAAGGCAUUCUCCGAGUCUUUGAAAUGUUUCAGCAUACUCAACUAAAUAAGCGUCUGGUUUAUGUCUUUCUGGAAGGCUUCUUGGAAACCUUAUUUCCCGUAUAUGGAUUUCCUGAUCUCUUCAAAAAACUGCAUUCAGGCUCAAAGCAGAUGCAGCGAUACAUGCAUAGACUACAAUCUACACAAGCGCCUUUUUUACAGAAAAGGUGACACUCCAAACAAUUAUAUUGGUAUUCAUUUGCCCAGAACUUGGGCAGUUCUCUGGGGCUUAAAACUCUCAUGCUGUUAUUUCUGCACCAGUCUUUUAGUGUCACAUAUUAGAUUAUUAAUGCAUCCAUAAAGGUUGUGGUUCUUCUCAUCCUUCAUCUCUAAUGCAACCACUACCAUGAACUGGGUUCAUGUGUCUUAAAUGAUUUGGUGCAUUUUCAUGCAACACUGAGAAGAAUACUGGCCCACUCUGUAAGAAUGUCUGUUGCUUCCACUCCUGACAGAAUCUAUGAAUGCCAGCAAUGAAAAGUGCUAGACUGUGUCCAUUGAGAGAUAAGUAAAGCACAACUGUGAUGAUAGCAAUGGAGGAUCUGGCUGCUUUACUUGGAACUGGGAGAUUGUGCAAUGUGAGAAGCAGGUGCAAUUUGAUUUUGCAUUAUGUCUGUUGAUGUUUGUAGGGCUCAGUUGGUAGCUUGAAACAGGUUGAGCUAGCAGAAAGAGGAGUCUUCUGGAACAAAGAGAACUGUUGUUAAUUUCCCUCAAGCUAUAUUGUCCAGCUAAAGGUUGAGGUAAUAAUGAUGGCUUUUGCACACAAUUUCACCUUCCUGGAUUUUUUAAAAAAAAUCUUGAAUAAAUUAUUUUGUUUGGGGUUAUCAUUCAGUGAGAUCGGGUAGAAAUACAGAAAAAUAGAUGUUGGUUUGAUUUAUUCUUUUGGGAGGUGUCUUGUUUUGUUGUUUAAUUAUAGUCCUUCUAGUCUGCAUAUAUUAAGGGAGAAGCCUGAAAAUAGCACUUAGCCAAGAAAAUAGCACUUAGCCAAUCAAGGGCUUGCCACAUUUAUUUAUUAGGGGACCGUGGGGCUAAGGAAGGAAGAUUAUUUAAUAUACAGUGCUCUUGAUAUUAACAACCUAUUUUAAAAGAAUUGUACCAUUUGCUAUUAAAAGGUACCCUAAAUAAUGAUCACUUCGAGUGGUAAACUGCAAAAGUAACUUUGUUUCUUACUGACACAUCAUAUGGUCUUCAUUGAACAGUCAAAUGCAAACAGUUGCAAAUUCCUGAAUGCACCAUAGUGUAUAUAUGAAAAUAAAAAAACACAACUACAAUAUUUUUUUAAAUAAUGACCUUUUUUAUUUUUUUGAAUAAUGUAAAAUUUUAAUAAACCUCUUCUACACAAAAAGCCCCUGUCUAUCCUCUUUACUUCCAAACAUGUCUAACUGAGAACAAAGUAAUGAUUGAAUACACUUUGUUUAACCUCAAUUUAUUUUCGAUUUAACAUCUCUUCCCCCCCCCUUGAUAAACAUUUCCCAUCACUAAGGAAUUUUAGUGAAUUGGUAGAGUGCACAAUUAAUGCAAUGAUAUGAAGCAUGCUUUUGGAAGAAACUCUGAUAUUAAUUAGCCAGGUUAAUUUCCAUAUGUUUUGUAUUUGAUUCUAACUGCAGCAUCUAAAAAAAUUUGACACUAAAGGCUUUCUGCUGAGUAACUUGGAUCCAGGAUAAAAUAGUUGACACCUGGUAGGAUCUAAAGGGGAGUAGCCAAGAGGAGCAUUUGUUUUAAAACCUACAGAGUGUUCCUCCAACACUCUUUUUCUUGCUAUAGAAUUUACUCAGUACUGGAUAUCUGAAAUAGAGAAUUUUACAUCCAUUACACUAAAAGCUUGUGUUAAAGUGCAAUUGUUUUGUUUUGUCUCUACUGAUCAACAAAUAAUAUAUAUGUGUGUGUUUAAUCCGUUACUAAUACCACAGUAGUGGAAAAUAACAAGCAUGAAGUAUCAGUUCAUGCAGAAUAUUUAAAUCCUUCCACCUAGAAAGAUAGCAUGCCAGGAAAAAGUAUUCUAGCCAAGCUUUUACUCAACAUGUUAGCUUGUUACAUGCAGGUGUUUUGUUUUCCUAUUGAGGGUUUUUCAAACUGAGCCUCCACCUGCUAUUUCAAGUCAUCGGAUAUGCAUAGAUUCUCUACGACAACUAGCCCUAUUUCAUUUUGAAAUGUCCAUGUGUUUCAACUCAGUUGUAAAACAUCAUCAUCUGCAUGGUACCUUGGAUACAAGAAAUGUGGCAGGCCUAAAUAAAAGUCAUAGUGGAGCCCUAAUGUAUGGUUUUCGUUUGAAUUAAUACAUCUAGAUUACUUAAUUUACAGUAUUCUUGAGUCAGAAUUGUUAGUGGUCAGUGGUCAGCAUUUCUAUUAGCCAUUAGGAUGCUACACAACUGCUGAAUUCUUAAAUUGACUGUGUACCUGUAAAAUCUUGGUUUAAUGAAACACAAGAUAUAGCUCAUUUUAUAACUCUUGACAAACACAGGAUUUUGUCAUCUGUAUUUAACUGCAAUAUGUGCCUGCAAACAGAAGCCAUCCUUUGUAUGUCUCUUCCUGAUGCUCACAUUACCCAUUCACAUUUUAUAAACUGUGGCCCCUGUCUCAUUUGCAUCCUUUGAAGUACACCCCCGAACUGAUUGUGUAAAUACAGCACACAAAUAGCCAGGUAUUCCCUGGUCUGAGAAUGCUGUGACCAGCCUCUGAAAAUAAAUGUGCCAUUGUCUAAGAAAAUAAACUUAGCCUUAAUUAAAGAGAAUGAACAUAAGGUGGAAUAUUUCAUAUGGUUCAUCCUCAAGCUUCUGCCUCUGGUGUUUGCUAUAACUAAACAAUUCAUUUUAAAUGCUAUCAGAAUGUGUAACAGUUUUAAAAAGUGAAAUAUGAAUUCCACAAUCUGAAUUUUAAUUUUAGUGCAAUAUUUCCAUGUAAUGCAUGUUGAUUUGAAAAACUGUUUAAAAAAAGUACAUUUUUAAGGUUUUGAGAUCAAGAGUAAACUGUCUUAACCAACAAUGUAUAUUCUGUUACUGCUGCUGUGUUGGCUUAUCUAAAGACUUGUUUUAAAAGUCUGGUUUGUCACUCCCUGUAAAGCUCUAUUUCUCUGUGCUCAGAUGAGCAUGGUUCUUACAUUACAAGAAGCAAAACCUAAAGAGCACAUCUUAAUACAGCUGUUAAAAAUAACUUGUGCAUAUCAUUGUACAGUAUGUGUCAACUGUGUGCCUAUGGUUCUAUCAAUAUUUUCCCCAUCUUCUUUAACAAAGAAUGAAACAAAUUUGGAAUGCCAUGGUCUCUCUCUCUUGGAACAGCUAAGAACUCUGAGUUUUUAUUUGGAGUUUGCAUUAUGUUUGUCCAACAGAACAGCUUGGAAACAUACACUAAUAAAGUAUUAACAAGACA